AUGGCAACUGUGUGUGCAACCGCGACUCGACCAGCUCUAACGACUGAUCAACGAGCGCCUUCGGCAUUAUCGAUCAAUACUUCGCAGGCUGGGACACCCCGUGCCAUACCUCAUAAACAUAUACCAUACUGUUCACCUGGACCAAGACCGGCAUCUAGAGGACUAGAUAUAUCCCCUGGCUCACCUCCGUCUGCUAGCCAAUAUCAGGAAACAUCGUCGUUGAUAUACCCUCCCAAUGGCUUCGAAAAAAUCAGCAAUGACCCUCCGGUGUACUCUAUAACUGCAGCAAAGCUGUCGCAUGCAGUAGAACAUCUGGCAACUCAACCAUUACCACCCACUCAGCAAGUCUUUCCAUGGCUACACGGUCUUCAUGCCGAGAAUCAGUUGCAACUACAAUUCUUCGUCGCAAGGAAGAAGGCUCUACGGCGGACGCCGAAAUGUUUGCGAGGGCUGACGGUAGUGAAAGCGGGAGGGGACCUGUCGCAUAGUAAACUCAAAGGAGCUAUCGCACCGGAAGAGAUACUAGCACCACUUCAAGUCGCAAAGGACAAGAAGAGCGAGGAUGGCGCAGAGUUCUUGGAUGCUGAUCCUAAGGAUGGGUUUGGUGUGCGAAACUUUCAGAUACAAGCUGCGAAGUUGUCAACGCUGAGCGAUAUCGUGGUGUAUGGCGAUAGCAGGACGUCGAAGGAGGAAGCACUGCGGUUGGCGAGGAGGGUAUCUCGAGCACAAGCUGCGUGGCAAAAGAAGACUGAUACCCUGCCAUUUGGACCUCGCCAGUUCAACACCUUUGUUGUGUCCAAUAAGUAUGACUUUAUCGAGACUGACCACCCGAAUUUGAUUUCGCUCGACUCGGAGGGUUGCGUUGCUCACAAUGCUAUGGACUUCUUCCACCGCGAACGAGUCGAAAUGUGUUCGAUGUCCGCACCCUCACAGAUCUCGCACAAUGUUUGGCUAGGACCUACACCAGAUCCGACACUGAUUCUCGACGACGAUAAGGUCGAUCCUCUGAAAGCACUUCGGGAUUAUGACUUAAUGAUAGAAGCCAGCGACCUUGCCCAAGUCCCAGAUACCAAGGCAUUCUCUGUCCUGGAGGAGCUACUUGAGCACAAGGCUAAUGCUCAGCUUGCCGAGAAUGCGAUACCUCAACUCGAGUUUCCUGGCUCCGGAGCGAUCAUGCCACCAACGUGGUCACAAGCCGAGGUCGACGGACUACUUGCGACCUGCGAGUGGAUGUACAAGCAGGCUCACAAACGCCUGGUGACGCACCAGCGGAGGGACAGCAAAUUAUCCCUAAGCACCGAGACCGAUGCCGAUGGCGACAGUGAUAUGCUCGAUGCAGAAGCUGAGCGACCAAAAGGAAACCGGAUCUUGAUCCACUGCACCGAUGGCUACACCGAGACUUCUCUCCUUGCUUUGGCAUACUACAUGUACGCUGAGUAUGUACCAGUCCACGAUGCCUGGCUCCAGCUACACAAAGACAAAGGUCGAAAUUUCUUCGCUUAUGGUACUGAUGUGGCACUACUGCGGUCGAUACAGCCUCGGAUCCUGCAAGCAUCACCAAAGUACUGUGGCAACAUCAUGCAGUUGUGCCCAGCAUUCCCGGACUGGCUAGAGAAGAUGGACGGAAGCCUGCCGAGCAGAGUUCUGGACUAUAUGUAUCUUGGCAAUCUCGGCCAUGCGAACAAUCCUGCUCUGCUACAGGAGCUCGGCAUCGGCCAGAUCUUGAGUGUUGGCGAACCAGUCAGCUGGGCUAAAGAGUCAGGCACUUGGCCGAAGGAGCACCUGCUAUUCGUGGACAAGGUCCAGGACAACGGCGUUGAUCCAUUAACGGAGGAAUUCCCACGGUGCCUAGAGUUCAUUGAGAGAGGCCAUAGGAACGGUACCAAGACAUUGGUCCACUGCCGAGUGGGUGUGUCAAGAUCUGCCACCAUCUGCAUUGCUGAAGUGAUGAAAGAGCUUGAUCUGACGUUCCCAAGAGCAUACUGUUUUGUGCGAGCAAGACGACUCAACGUCAUCAUACAACCACACUUGCGCUUCUCCUACGAACUCCUAAAGUGGGAGGAGCUUCAGUGCCAGAAACGGGGCAGGCCGUUACGGCGCGAGCUCGAAUGGGCCACCAUUGCAAGAGAGAUCGCAGCGAUGAAUAAGCCGUACUCGCGGCAAUGA